CAGUGAUACUCUUUUCUUUUCCACGCGUACUUUAUAGUUAAAGAUAAACUGUGAAAGGAUUGAGCGAGGGAGAGAUUUUGGACACAGCGGAGCAGGGAUCAACAUGACACAGCGGCUGAAAGGCUUAAUUGAAGAAUUUAAGAAUAACUAUUUCAACGCAAACAGGCUAGCUGAAGAGAACAGGCAGAAGGAAAACCAUGCUGCCACCCUGAUUCAGAGUUGGUUUAGAGGCUGCAGGCUUCGAGCAUACCUCAGCUGUCUACACAAGAAGGCAAUCAUUAUACAGAAGAUAUGGCGGGGCUUCAUAGCAAGGACACAUUACAGACAAAUGGUGGAGGAGGCAUAUUUUAUCAUGAAGAUGAAUUUCUACAAUGAGAUGGCGGUCAGGAUCCAGCGACAGUGGAGAGGAUUCUAUGUCAGGAAGUAUAUCCAUAGUUACUACGCACGCAAGAGGUAUCUGCAGAGUGUCGCCAUACAAAACGAUGCAGUCAGGAGAAAGCUGGAUGAAUUUGAGGAACUUCAAAUGAAAGAGAGAGAAUGUUUGCUAAAGGUGAAAGAGCAUGCAAAGAAGGUGCACGAAGCUCAUCGGCUGCACCAUCUCCUCAGCACACAUCAGUGCCCAGGAGUCUUCAACUCUCCAUUCAGGUCAUCGCCCCAUGAGAUGGAACUACUGCUGCGGCGGGUUAAGUACCAGGCUCCCACCAGGUUGUCCCCUGGGGACAAGGCUCACAUCCACUGCACACCUGGACUAACACCCCCCUUUGAAAAUGUUGGCUCUCCAUGGAUGAAAUCCACAAGCAGGUGCAACACUUGUAGGCCCAUCCUGCCCCCCAUUACCAGCAAGAAACAGCAGGUUCAUCCCGUUUGCCCACAAAAAACAAAAUGUGCAUCAGUGCACAUCCUUUUCUUCCCCAGCUGACAUCAUCAAGAACUUCAGUGACACAUACUGACUCAAUAAGAUCUAAUGCCUUCCUGCCACUUGACCCUCGGCUUUCCUACCACCCAGUCACCUGAUGUACACACCUGCUUCUUGUUCAGCUGAUGACCUUUGCAGUAAAUAUGCCAGUCAC